AUGCCCACCGCAAACGCCUCCGUCGCCGUCUCCGCGCCAGGCAAAGUGCUCCUGGCCGGCGGCUACCUGGUGCUGGACCGCUCCUACACGGGCCUGGUGCUGGGCCUGAGCGCGCGCAUCAAUGUCAUCGCCGGCGAGAUCCUCACGACCGAGGGCGUUCAGCUCAACGAGAUUGUCGUCGAUAGCCCGCAGUUCCAGGACGCGCAGUGGCGCUACGGCUACCACCUUGCACCGGAAAAGGGGGGCAUCAAGGUGACCCAGCUGCAGGUGGAGAACAAGACACGACAAGACGUCCCGAUUCCCUCGAGCAAUGAGACAAGGUCUCUCAAUUCAAUUAAAAGCAAAGUUCCCUCUGUCUGCUUCUGCCUGUUCCAAGGCACGCAAAAUCUCUGCUUCUUCCUUGUUCGAAAACGGCCUUGUUUUCAACUCUUUACUGACAUUUGCCGUGUCUUGGUUCCUCAUCUCAGCGGCCCCACCAUCUCAGCCAACCCCUUCGUUGAGACGACGCUGAGCUACGCCCUCACCUACAUCGAUGCCGUUGUCUCGUCCAAGCACACUCACAGCGCCAUCAAGUCUUCACGCCUCAUCAUCCUUGCUGACAACGACUACUACUCCCACUCUCACGCCUCCUCGUCUGGCCGGUUCGCCAAGUUCCCCGUCACCCUUCAGGGGGCCAACAAGACUGGCCUCGGCUCCUCCGCAGCUCUCGUCACCUCCCUCACUGCCUCCUUGCUCACUCACUACCUGCCGGCCAGCGUCUUCGACCUCUCCUCCAAGCAGGGCAAGCAGACGCUUCACAACCUCGCCCAGGCCGCGCACUGUGCCGCCCAGGGCAAGGUCGGCUCGGGCUUCGAUGUCGCCGCCGCCGUGUAUGGGUCCUGCACCUACCGCAGGUUUUCACCCGCCGUCUUGAGUGUGCUGCCCGAGCCCGGCGCCCCUGGAUUCAGCGACAAGCUCCUCGCAGUCGUAGACGGCGACAAGUGGGACGUCGAAGUGCAAGACGAUGGUGUCACCGUGCCACCAGGGCUGGUCCUACGCAUGUGCGACGUCGACUGCGGUAGCCAAACCGUCAGCAUGGUGAAGAAGGUCCUCUCGUGGCGCGGCCAAGACGAGCAGCACUCAACGGGCCUCUGGAACGACCUCCAGUCCAAGAACGAGGACCUGGCCGCCACGCUCAAGGCCGGCGCCCUCGACCAGCUCCCCACCAAGCUCAGCCAGGUCCGCGAGCUGAUCCGCCAGAUGGGCCGUGAGAGCGGCGUUCCCAUCGAGCCCGACACGCAAACCGAGCUACUCGACGCCGUCAGCGCCCUCGAUGGCGUCUACGGCGGCGUCGUGCCUGGUGCUGGCGGCUACGAUGCCCUCGCCCUGCUGAUGCGAGACGACGACCAGACGCUGGCCCAAGUGCAGGAUUUCCUGGCCACCUGGAGUCGCGAAAAAGGCUCAAAGGUGAAGCUUUUGGGGGUAAAGGGGGAGAUGGAGGGGGUUCGCCAGGAGAGCUUGGACGUGUACGACGGGUGGCUAUAG